CUCUACCUCCAAUCUCCAAACCCUCAUCUCUCUCUCUCUCUCUCAAUAAUUUUAUGGACGAAGACGAUGCCACCGUCGCCACCAGAUGCCGGUCUCCAAUCCUACCCCCGACGGUGCCGAACCCUAGCCCUCCCGAUCCAUCGCCAUCCUCAAGAGAGAGCUGCUGGAGCGAGAGGCGACCUCAGCUCUCAUAGAUGCCUGGGGAGACAGCUUCCUCGACCUCUCCCGCAAUAACCUCAAGAAAAAGCAUUGGCAAGACGUCACCGACGCCAUGAGCACCCGUGACAACUAUACCAAAACCCUGAGAAUCGACAUCCAGUGCAAAAACUGAAUCGAUACCCUAAAGAAGAAGUAAAAAAUUGACAAACCUAAGAUCUCGAACUCACCUGCGUACUGAUCUCCAUGACCCUUCUUCGAUUGCCUCGAUCUACUCUUUGCUCCUACCCACAAGCAGAUCUAGCCGAAGCCACUCCGGAAAAAGCCCUCUCCCCCACACACCACCGCCACUCCGCAGCUUCCACCACCUCCAUUUCUCAUCUGGAGAUCAUGAUGGGGAAGCUUCUCCUUGAGGAGAUCUCUCCUGUUGUCAUGGUUCUCUCGACACAACUUGCUGAGCAAUAUUGCACGAAGAGAAGGCUGAAUUUCGUUGAGAUGUUGUCUCCCUUCUCUGUUUUCAGUAAGAUUGAUGAGUCUCAGAAAAGCUCUGGCGCAGUCACCAACAGCGGUGGAAAAGCAACAUAUCAAAAGAAUUACGGAAAAGGAGAAGCUCGGAAAGAGUAAAAGUCCAAGUCUAGUGCUAUUGCAAAGCAAAUGUCGGAACGGAGAGCUGCAAGCACCAGAUUGGAGAGAAAAAGAUUGCAGAGACUAUUACUUUCAUUUAGAUAUCUUUUGUUUGAAUUUUAAUUCAAGAUUUGAGUAUGUUGUUUUUUGCUUUUUGUUUUUAGAUGUAGAGGAGGAGAAGAAUAAAACUAAUGAGAUUGUUUUUAUUUGUUUAUUUGUUUAUUUGUUGUCCCAUGAGAUUCUCUCUUUAUAAUUGUAAGUUUUUUUUUUUCU